ACAGCCGGUUUGAAGUCAGUAGUAUGGUGGACAGUGAGGUGGGGAGACGCUUGUGUUCGAAGCUCCGAGGCAAGAGGAGGAAGAGAAUCACCACUACCCACUAACCACUUACCACUGCUUCCUCCUCCUCUUCUCCCCCCUCCCCCCCUCCUCUUCUUCCUCUUCUUUACCGCCGCUGUGUGUCUCUCUACAUGUCAGGAUGCAGCCGCCCCCGAGAAAGGGUAACUACUUGAAGGUGUGCAAGAACCUCCACAGCGAACAGGUGUCGAAGCUCCUCGCCAAGAACCAGCAGGAGUGUGACCUUCUCGAGGACAUCAGAAAUUUCACCAAGCAACGAUCGUCCAUUGAGAAGAGUUAUGGAGAGGCCCUGUGUAAGAUAGCAGCCAACUACCAGAACAGAAAGAUCGCCUGCGUCCCCGACAUACGACUGGAAGAUGGAUCAGAGGCAUGGAACGUGUACAGCGUGUGGCGAACGGUGCUGGACGAGACGGAGAAGCUGGGCAAGGCUCGGCUGGCGGCGGUGGAGGUGUUCCAACAAAACAUAUCAGAGGACGCCAAGGUGACCCGGCAGAACAAGAUACACCUGGGAAAGAAGUUAACGGACCAUCUGAAGGUGGCACAAGGGGAGCUCCAAACGCAGGUACAGGAGCUGGACCGUGCCAAAAAGCUCUACUACGAGGAAGAACAUGUAGCUCAUGACGCGAGGGAGAAGGCCAGCGCUGCGGAGGAAAAACUCAAGAGGAAGAAAGGCUCAAUCUUUCAGUCCAUUUCAUCAUUACAGAAGAACAGUGCAAAGUUCUCAGCCAAGCGUGAAUUGUGCGAUGAGAAGUCUGCUGGUGCCCGCAACGAGUACCUCCUCUCUCUUGUGUCCAGCAAUGCUCACCAGCGGCGCUACUAUGAGGUGGACUUUGAGCGAAUCCUGAGGACAAUGGAAUGUGAGAUGUUCGAUAAAGUGGCUGAGUACCUGACGCUCAUGAGCCGCGCAGAACUCCUCACCUGCUCAGCCUCACAGUCCUCCUUCAACAAGAUCAAGGAACAGGCCACGACAAUUACCCGAGGCUACAACUUGCGCUGCUACCUGACCUUCUACCCCAUGCUGGGUCAGAACAUUCAGUACGAGUUUGAGCCGUGUGAAGGGGACUCUGUGGAGAUGAUAACAGUGCACGAUGAAAGCACUCAGGGUAUCCUGGACAACGAGGGCAAGAAAUGUGUUGCCAUGGUGCAGAAAGAUGUCAAGACCAUCCGAGAAGCAUCACGUAAGAUACAAAAACUUGGAGUGGCAGGGAAGCACGAGUGUGACUUGCCACCAGACAUCGAGGCGAAGCUUGACGAGCAGAGGCUCAUCAUCCGACGUGCCGAGACAUCCAAGGCGAAGAUGGAGGCCAGAAUUGAGCUGCUGAAAGAAGGAGGAGUUGAGAUUGAGGACUACACGAAGAGCCUGGACAGCGACAGCCUUGGAGUGGACGCGGAAACUAGCCUCAGCCGCUCUGAGUCCACUUUGUCCGUCAGGGAGGAGGGAGAGGCACCGCCCAGUGAGUACGAGAAGGAGGAGGUGGAGAGCAAUGCCGUCGUUGUCUCCUCCGGUGCUGAGUCAAGCACGGCAGAGUUUGAGCGUGGCGACUCAGCACAGACUCAGGAUGAUGGGAAGCUAGACACAGGGAUGUGGGACCCUACAAUUGUGGACUGGGGGGAUGUCCCAGUCUCACCUCUCCCACCUGUCACCAAUGGACCGCCGGAGGAUGUGGGAACCUUCCCCAAGUGUACCGUGCUUUAUAAUUAUACAGCUCAAAACCCUGAUGAACUCUCCAUAGUGGAGAAUGAAGAGCUGGAACUAAUGGCCGAGGGAGAUGGAGAUGGUUGGGUACAGGCACGCAACUACAAAGGAGAGGUUGGAUACAUCCCUCAGAACUACAUAGAAAUGGAAGACAGCGCUGCCACAGCUGCCGCUGCUGCUGCUCCUCCUCCCGAGCCCACCGUCGCCCAGCCGCCAUCAGAGGCUGGGGAUGCAGCCGCCAUUUCCUUCUCCUCAAUAGAGUACAACCUGGAACUGGAUGAGGAGAUGGCAGCUCCCGUCUCUUUCUCCUCCAUGGAUUACAGUUUCGAGCAGCAGCAGGGGGGCGGGGAGUAUGAUGGUGUGGAGGAGUACUCCGCCGAGCCACCACCAGACUUGCCUCCACCACCACCGCCAAUCACCACCACUGCUCCUCCUCCUUCUGCUGUGCCACCAUCGUUCUCCCUGCCAGUUGAAAGUGAUCAGCUCCAUUAUGGUGACUACUGCCGGGCAAUGUACGACUAUGAGGCAACAUGCCCUGAGGAAAUAACCUUCUGUGAGGGGCAGAUUAUCCACAUCUUGAAGCGGGCAGUGCAUGACGUGGAUGAUGGUUGGUGGGAGGGAGAGGUGGAUGGCCAGGUGGGGCUGUUCCCUUCACUGGUAGUGGAGGAAUGUCGCUCUGACGGGGAACCUCUGACGCCUGAUGUAUUCACCUUCCAGGCCGUUUCUGGAGCUUCACCCUGCACCACGCCGCCUCCCCACACGCCCCCAGAGGUCCCCGGCUUCCUUCUGCCUCCUGAGAGAGUCAUCAUCACACAGCCAACCCCCAUGGUGGAGACAGUGGAGGAAUCACAGAACAUUAUGGUACCAACAGAGCCAACACCUGCUACCACUGCUGCCACCACUACCACAACCGCUAAUAACACUGCUGCUACGGCUCCUAGUGGAGGCUAUGACGCUUCUGCCUUUGAGUUGGAGUUGAGUGGGCAGCACCAAAACAAGUACUCGCGCCAGUUCAGCUCAUCCCCAGAAAGUGAGGCCACAGACAAGGACCAGCAGUAUGCAGAACUCGUCUCUAGCCCUGAUGUAUCCAACCAGGAGCAAGCGAGGCAGCAGAGGGAACAGGAGCCUUCUUCAGCCACCUCUCCGGACACCCUGCAGGAAGAGGCCUUCGAGCUAGAGCCAUGGCACGAUGAGGCAAUGGAUCCCUCGUCCGCCACCACCACCACCAUCUCCCUUGAUGAGGCGGGUGGUUUGGUCAGCCCUCUGUCGGAGGCACGGGUGGUGGAGGUGUGUGAGCCGCCAGAGUCCCCGCCCCUCCCACCUCAGCCUCCUGAGCAACAGGAUUCAGCAGUAGAGGUCUCAGCAGGGAAAACUGUCACCAGCCAACCUACUAUGUCUUCUGCUACACAACCCUCCGAACCUACCCAGCAGACUCCCUCAUCCUCUGACCUUCAUCCUACCACGACCUCCUUCCCUCCUACCACCAUUACCGAUGAUCCUGCUGCUCCUUCUUCACCUCCCCCUCCUCCAACCAUUACUACUACUACUACUGCCCCUACUAAAACCACUACUACCACUACCACUACUACUACUACUACUACUGCUGCUGCCACUACUACUACUACUACUACUGAUACUACUACCACUACUAUUGAGGAGAGUGAGGGGGGCCCACCACCCUCCAUGGAGGAUGUGCCUGAUUUUCCACCACCCAGCCUCGAAGAGACCACCAUGGAGCCCCUCCCGCCUCCCCCUUCAGCCCAGGAGGAGGUGGAAAAGGAGGAGGAGAAGGCUGAGGCACAGCAGAGUGCAGCAGGAAGGAAGGCGGCAUCCCAUAAGAGUAGGACAGCAGUGUCGGUGGGGGCGGGUGAGCAGCAGCAGCAGCAGCAGCAGAGGGUUCCCGCUGAAGGAGGAGGUAGCGGAGGGGAGAGUGAUGUGGACAGCCUCACCUAGAACCAAGUUAAAAAGCAGGAUGGAAGCAACGCACACAUCAUCUAGUCAAGAGACGAAGAGUUGAAGGCCAAAAGUGGUCAUUAAAUAUCCACUGUAAAACUCAACAGUGGUGUGUAGCAUAAUGAUUGUUCUUUUUAUUGUUGUGUCUCAGUUUAUAUCAUUAUUGUUAUUAUUGCUAUCAUUAUCAUUAUUAUUAUUACUGUCAUUAAUAUGUUUUGAUGGUUGUGGUGGCCAGACUUACCUUACUGUGGUAACUCUCUAGUCAUUUCUUGCAUAAAUUGAGCCUUCUCUUCCCUCUUGUUAACUACAUGUAGAUUAUACUCUAGCAUAUUAAUUAUGUGGCCUUUUAUAAAAGUGGGAAAUACACACACACAGACACACACACACACACACACACACACACAUACACACACAUGGAGUUGAUAAAUGUUGAAAGAAAUACAGAACAGAAAUUGACCAAUGUGUUAAGGAUUCUAAAAUGUUGCAACAAGUUGAUAUUAGAAAUACUUUUUUUUAUAUAUAUGGACGUGAAAAAAAUUCCUGUUAUUGCUGUUCGUGCGUAGGUCUCCUAACACUAUUAUUUUUAUUUGUACAGCUAAAUUAGAAUGGCUGAGGGCUAUAAAAAAACAAUAGCUAAAGGCCACUAAAAAAAAUUAAUAUGUAGAUUGGUUGAUCGGUCAGUUGGUUGGAUGUGUGUGUUCGUGUUAGCUUAUACAUAGUUCAAGCAGUCCUCCUCCUCCUCCUCCUCCUCCUCCACCUUUACUUCCUCCUCCUCCUCCUUUUAGAGGCGAAAAUGACAAUAUUAGAAAAAUAUAUACCUUCAUUACAAAACAAAAAAAUCUAAAAAAAUUGUUGAUAUUGUGAAAUUACCGUGCAAAGUUUUUUCGAGACUUUACUCUAGUUAAAUAAAGGGAUGUAUAUAAUAUAACAAAAAAUAUUAUAAAUAUUGUUUUCACGAGUUUACCCAACGCGCGCACACACACACACACACACACACACACACACACACUUAAAGGUAAACAUUCUGUAUAGUCAUUUUACUGGACUAUAUAAAAGAAAUAUACAGUCAGUAAUGAUAAUUUAAAAUCUAGCCUGUGAUGGACACUAAUAAAAAAUUGUAAUAUGUCUGAGAAGAAACUGCUCCAGAAUUUACUGGACUGAAAAUGAUCUCUUGAUAGGUGGUAAAAAAAAAAAGUACUCCUGGAUACAUGUUAAUUUACUAUUGAAAUUAAACAAACGAAGAAAGAGAAAAAAGUGUUACAUAUGAGAAAAAAAGAAAUGCAGAUUGUCAAAUGUUUCAGGUUGUAAUUUUUUUCUUACCAAGGCAUCAGGACACAAAAAUGAACUGAUGGAGAGUACACACACACACACACACACACACACACACACACACACACACACACACACACACACACACACACACGAGGCAGCUCACUGGGUAUCGUAUCUUGUGUAUGCAUGUGUCCGUUCGUAGUACAAGGUCGCUGCUGCUUUGAGAGAGACGGAAGCCCCAUGAGAAAAUGCACAGUAGGAACAGACUCGCAGCGCUCUCUGCCGAUAAACACGAUGAACCUAAACAGCAUUAUUAUGGUUACUGUUAUUAGUAAAUGAUCUAGAUUAGAUUGUUAAGAUGAAACAAAUGGUUUUGGGUAUUAGCUUAUGCUAUGUAUUAUUACUGUUGAGAAAUAAUAACUGGUUAUAAACUUGUUGUUAGACUAAUUUCAGAGUCAGUCCAUUUUACUAUUCAUCUGAGUGUGUUUAGGGCUGUAAAUUAUCUUAGAAAGUAGUAAUUGUUUUAUUUAUUUGUUUUAUAUAUUAAUUAUUUGAUCUUUUAAGCUUUUGAUAAACUUUUGUUUCUUUUCUAUUUUAAUAUACUGAGGGGCCUUAAAUGUUUGUUGUGAGUAAUUUGAAGGUGUGUGUUUUUGUGGUGAUUAUAAUCAUAUUAUUUUUUUAGGUUACUCAGAUAUUUUAUAAAUAAGCAUUGUUUUAACUGAUGUGUUCAAAACUAUAAUAAUGGCAAGUUGGUAUGGCGAGUCUGUUGUGUUUCUGUUUUUCUCAAGGGGCAUCUUAUUGCAGAGGUUGGAAUCUUGAAACGACCUGACUAUAACAUGUUCUAUAAGUGUCCAUGCUAGAAGUGUAGGAAAAAAAUGGAAGAUAUUGUUGUUUCUUAAGUUUUGAAGUGAAAUGAAAGUGCUCGUAUUAUUGUUAAAUCAACAUUUAUCUGAUACAUUGGAAAAAUUGAAGUAGUUUUAGAAAUUGUUAGGAAAAGAAGUGUUUGAGUGGUGGGUUAAAUUUAUCAACAAUAAUCUAUACUGCCAUAAUAUGUAUACAUUGCGGUAGAUCUAUCUUAGUGAUAACGGGACCAGAAAGAGGAUUAGUCGAUGUUGUUGAGGUGAAAAAAAGUUAAGAGAAAGUUCAGCAAAAGAUUAUAAAAAAUUGUUACAAAUGCAAGCACGUAACAGGAAAUCCAUGAAAGUGUUAUAAAAAUGAUCUUAGUGAAUUAGAAAAUUAUUACAAAAAUAUGAUCCACAAUAUAAAAUUAUUUCCACAAUGAGAAAAGUGAAAAUAAAUGAACAAAAAAAAGAUGAAGGAUGUUUUGCAUCAGAAAAAACAAAAAAUUAUCCUAAAGCUGGUGUUACACUGCAUACAUUACUUUUCAUUCAUAUCUUGCUGAGCUCCGAGUAUUUGCUGGUGAUCAACUGAGCAGCAUUGUCACACUCAAGAACCCAACAGUCUGUCAAAUAUCGAGUAUCAUCACCUGAGGCAGCCCAUAAAUAUACAAACCACAAAAGUCCCAAGUCCUAGACAUUGCCCAUACCCACCUAUCAACUUAUGAAUGUAGUUUUAAGGAAGUCCAUUUUCUAUUAAUGAAAAGAGGAACUUUUGGGAAGGCUCUAAAGAAAUACAGUGGUUUGCUAGCGACCAUUUGUUUUUCUUCACAUCUGACCACUUUGCCGGUAAUUCAACGAACUGCUCAGUUCAGGUGGGGAGCACAAGUCGGUCAUGAAAUUGACCAGUCAGUCACCCAGCAAAUGCUUGGUGCCCGGCAAUCAAAGAGCGAAGAAAAGUUCAGAGUGUUGCCAGCUUGUUAGAUAAAAUAAGAAAAAAGGACGGAAGGCUACGAUUGAUACGUGCAUAAAAUAUGAAGUCAGAUUUGUUAUGUCCAAAUACAUUAAUGUCCACCUGAGAUUUUGUAUUAUUCACUUCGUAUUUUAAAGGUGGCAGACUAAGGUUCAAUAUAAGAAAUAAGGAGGUGUGUUAAAUGUCAUUGUAUUUUGGCAGUAACAGUAAUAACAGUGAUAUACAACAAAAUAAUAGUGCAUUCCUGCCUCAUCAGAGAACCAAAACGAUCAAUCCGAGUGUAUAGAAAGAACAUUAACUGCCUGAAAAAAAAAUGCUCUGAUAAUUGCAAUGUGCUGGAUUCUUUUUCCCAUUCUUCUUCUCUGGAUUCCAUAUUAACGUAACUUCCUUUUCUAAGAAUGUUCAAAUACAUGUUUAGCAUGGAGAUGUUUUAUGUAUUGUUUGUGUGUACGAGUCUGUAUCACAAUGUUGUGUGUGUGUGUGUGUGUGUGUGUGUGUGUGUUUGAGUGUGUGCACCAAAGCGUUAGCUGAGGUUAUGGGGUGACCUUAAAACACGAAACAGUAUAGUAUGAAUCAAUCUUGUAAAUGACUCAUAUUAUCAGUGAAUACUAUUAUGUGAAGCACUUAAAAUAAAGUAUUAUACAUCUAGUGCCCUCUUGUAUAAUAAAUUUACUUAGAUUUGUCAUUGCAAUCUAGGUUGAGAUUGGUUAUUAUACCUUAUUUAUUCAUUUAUCUUUAUUUAUAUUUAUUUAUUAUUUCCAUCAGUCAUCAGUCCUUUAUGUGUGGGAAUAGCAAUUAAAGCCACAGAAGUCAAACGGUGUUAGUAACGCAACUGUUGCAUAAUGUAUCUCAGAAUUUGUCAUUCAUUACGUAAAUCUAUGCAUAUAAAACAUAAGCAACAGUGUCACUCGAGGCACCGUUCAUAAGGUAAUAUUUGGAAUAGUUUAUCACUGUAUAGAUUAUAUGAAGGUCACUUACCUAUGGACAGAGAAUGUAUUAAUGUGGUUCAUGAGAGGGUGUCCAUUUCUAUGCAUAAGGACCUGUCGUCUCUCUGGAUUCCUGCAGCGUUUUUUAUGAAAAGAAUUAAAGAAAGAUAUAAUUAUGUUUUUGUACAGGAAUCAUUUCACCUCAGAAUGCAUCGGUAUAGUCCUUAAUUUCAGCGUUACUUACUGAAUGUGUUCCAUACCUAUGUCAAACUCAUUUAUCAAUACUAUAUUCUGUCACAUUUGGAAGAUAAAAUUCAAACAUAAGAAUGGAGACCAAGGUGAUUUGUUAGGACUCAGUCAGUGGUAAGCUUAUAAAUAAUUAUUAAAUGAAAACAUGAAUGGAAUAGCAGCUUCCAGGUUGCGAGACACAACUACAUUUCAUUCUCGUACAUUUCAGUUCUGGUUACAAAAGUCACUCCAUAGUAAAGUGGUUGACCUACCUUCCUGCAGUUUGUUAUAUAAGAAAGUUUCCUUUUGCGACUGUCCGUGCGAUGUAAGAUUUUACUUUUUUCCCAGCUGUAGUGUUCACCUCUGUAUCUGUGUUACCUGUUGAAUCAUUUAUCCAAUUUACUCAUUCACUCAGGGCCCAAGUUGUAUGUCGGAUCAUGAUUCAUCUUGUUUCGUACCUGUCUCGCUUGUCCUUUACACAAAUAUGUCCACCUUUGUCUGGAAUCACAGGUAUACUUACUGAGCAUUGCCUUGUAAUUGGUUGCUUUGGAUUAUUGUGCCUCUUAAUGCAUUUCCAUCCUACAUAUUUUUUUUCUUGUCAGUAGAUGUGCAAUGGCUGAACCGAAAAAAGAAUAUUGAUGAAUUUUCUUAAAUGUUGCAAUGUUUUUUUUUUUUUUUGUGAGCGUGCUCGUAAAGAAUGCACCUUCAAAUCUACUAAAUGUACCAUAAUAAUUCUUUUUUUCUCAGUAGAUGGCGCUGCUUUCUUUUUUAUUUGUGUGUAUGUGAAAAGAUGGUUUCAUGUACAAACUCAUACAACUUUGUUCUCUGUAAACUAUUUGUUUUCAUCCAUUUUUAGGAUUCAUUUUUCAUAAUGAAGGAGUGCAUCAAGACACUUUCUUUAGUGCUUUGAUCAUUUUCUUGUUGAGUGGUUCUCAUAAUAAUAAUAAUAUAAUAAUAAUAAUGAUAAUAGCGUAUUUUAAACCCGCAGGUACAAGAAGGAUGUCACAGUUUCUUAGUUCCAGCAGUUAUUUUAUUCUCCAGAUUAGAUAGAAUCUCUCUCUCUCUCUCUCUCUCUCUCUCUCUCUCUCUCUCCAUUGCUUUAUUUGAUAAUGAUCCUCCUCCUCCUCCUCUUCUUCCUCUUCCCUUCCUCCUCCUUUGCAAUACCUGUCAUUGUAUUUUUGUUUUAGUUUUCAUCCAGUGUGUGUGUGUGUGUGUGUGUGUGUGUGUGUGUGUGUGUGUGUGUCUCCUUAUGUUACAACCAUUGAUUUAUAUAUACAUGUAUGUAUGUAUGUGCAUAUUUGUAUAUAUAUGUAUGUAUGUACAUAUGCUCUUGAGUAUAAUAUGUCAGUGUGUGUGUGUGUUCAGACAAAGUAUUAAAAGUUGGUUUAUGUAUUGUAACAGUGUGUAAAAUUAUAUCAAUUCAUUCCUUGAAGCAAUAACCACAAUUUUCCAUUAUUAUUAUUAUUAUUAUUAUUAUUAUUAUUAUUAUCAUCAUCAAUGUGUUUGGGUGAAAGGAAAAUGCAGAACCUUUUAAGGAACGAGGAUCACAAAAAGGAAGAAAGUGAAAGAAAGGGAAAACGUCAGGUCGCCUGGUGCAGUUUGGUCGGUGGCGAGACCAUUAUCGUGUACAGUCUGUGUUAAAAUAUAAAUAAAAUAGAGGCCAUAGUUCCU